AGCGCUGCAGGCUUUGAUGAGAUGGCAGCUCCCACCUCCUCGUAUGAGAAAACAAGGCCCCUGGAAGCAGCCUCCAGCGGCACCGGCAGCUUGCGGUCACGGUUCGAGAACCUGGCGAAGUCGGCGGAGGAGGAGAGCAGGAGGCAGGCGGAGGAGCAGCGGCUGAGGCAGCAGGCUCGGCGCAAGCAGGAAAUCCCACAGAGACAGAAGGACCCCACAGAGGCAGCCCCUGGUGCUGUGCCUGCAAGGGAGCCCGGCAGUGCUGAACGGGACAGAUCUGCGCCUCCGGGAGAGCAGGAGGCAGAAAGAGAGGAUGAAGAAACACCACCCACCUUGCCACCAAGGCCAGCAGCUCUGGAUGAAGAGCUGUGCCAGACCCCCAGCCAGGAUCAGCCCAUCUACAGCGAAAGUUUGGAUGUCGGAGACUAUGAGGAGCUGCUGGAGCCCUCUGACUACUAUGACGGGACCAGUGGAGGUGCUGACUAUGAGGAGGUGCCAGCACCCUUGGGAAAGCCGGAUGCAGUCUAUGACCAUGGAGGAGAUGGAGCUGAGGACUAUGAGGAGAUCCUACCUGGGGAGCCUUGCCACAGCCAGCCCCGCCUGGGGGACACGGACAACGUUUACGAGGUGGAGAGCGCUGGGACCUGUGCCGUGGCUCUCUAUGAUUACCAAGGAGAUGGAGACGACGAGAUUUCCUUUGAUCCCGACGACACAAUCACACACAUCGAGAUGGUGGAUGAAGGCUGGUGGCGGGGGCAGUGCCGGGGCAAAGUGGGGCUCUUCCCAGCGAAUUACGUGAAGCUUCUGCAGUGA